AUGCUGCUAGCAACUGGUACUUCGAUACCGACAAUUGCCGGUGCCAUUGAGGAAGAAUACGCUCAAAGUGAAGCAAAUAGUGGUCCAUGUGAUGGUUACGUUACAGAUCACACUGAUCUUGCUUCUGAAAUUGACAUCGAUGAAUCCGAAUAUCGUCGAGAGUUGCUGAACGACCGAUGGCGAUUAUUAUUUGAUAAGUUCGAUCCCGAAGGAUUUGGAGAAAUACCAAUUGAGGAUUUUUUAGUUGCUUUAAGAAGUCCUGAUUGGCUUGCUGAAAUUCCAGUAAAUAAAAGAGACAUCCUUUUUGUCAGGGCAAAAGAAACCCGUGCACAUGCGAUUACGUUUCAGGAUUUCGUUAAUGUGGUAAGUUAA